AAUUGAGAUAUAAGCAGCAAAAAAACGCAAACCUUAAUUCAUUCACCUCGAUCAUCUCAGGACUUCAAGAAAUCUCAAAAUGACAAGUCUAAGACUUAUAAAUUGGGACCUUCGGCCAACAGCCAAUGCUACAGCUCACAGGACCAAAGACUUUUUUAGCAAUAAACUCAUUUUACGGAGAGGACAGAGUGCACAGAUCUCUAUAGGACUCAGCAGAUCUUUGAGCAGUGGAGACAGUCUCACUUUCAUCAGUGAGAUAGGUCCUUCUCCAUCGGAAUCACAGAAUACUCGGAAUGUAAUGCCACUUUCCCAGUCAGGUAGCAGAACAGCUUGGAGUGCCACCUCAUCAAGUACUGGCAGUACUUUGAACGUUACAUUCAAUAUUCCAGGCAAUUCCAUUGUUGGACUCUACACACUGAGAAUGGAGAUGAAAAGCGGAGGACGUUCUUCUACCCAGAGUCUUGGACAAUUUUACGUGCUUUUUAAUGCUUGGGCGUCAGAUGAUGAAGUGUUUAUGACUAACGAAGCUGAACGGGUAGAGUAUGUUCUGAAUGAAACAGGACUCGUUUUCAUUGGAAGUUGGAAUAGUCAGUCAAGUAGACAAUGGGACUAUGGUCAGUUUGAGGACGGCGUGUUAGACAUCACACUUGCAAUACUUGACAAGAGUUUAAAUGCAGGGAGAAACCAACUUGAAGAUCUUUCUCAAAGAAACAGUGCCAUGUAUAUAAGUCGAGUGUUCAGUGCGAUGGUCAACUCUAAUAAUGACAGAGGAAUUGUAACAGGAAAUUGGAGUGGGAACUACAGCGGCGGUAUUAGUCCAACAAGAUGGAAUGGAAGUGUCCCCAUUCUUCGCAGUUGGUCACAGAAUGGCCCGGUAGCAUAUGGACAGUGUUGGGUAUUUGCAGGAGUACUUUGCACAGUUCUCCGAUGCCUGGGGAUCCCGACUCGUGUGAUUACAAACUUUGAAUCAGCUCAUGACACAGAUAGGAGCCUCUCCGUUGAUCGUUACUUUGACCCAAAUGGAAACCCAACAGGUGACACAACUGAUAGCAUAUGGAAUUUUCACGUAUGGAAUGAAUGCUUUUGCAUAAGAAGUGACCUUGACUCUUUUUACAAUGGAUGGCAGAUCGUGGAUGCAACCCCACAGGAACCAAGCCAAGGUGUGUUCCGCCUUGGACCGUGCUCCCGUAAUGCUAUUAAAGAGGGUGAUAUUGAUCUUAAUUAUGAUACAACCUUUGCAUUUUCUGAAGUGAAUGGAGACAGCGUAGACUGGCUUGUUUACAAUGAUGGUACCAAAAAGAAAGUUAGAACAAACAGUCAAUCGAUUGGACGCUUUAUCAGCACAAAGGCUGUAGGAGCAUUCACACGUGUAGAUGUAACAAACGGCUACAAAUACACUGAAGGCACUGCAAAAGAGAGAGAAAUAUAUGAGAAGGCUCGGAGAAAAUUAUCAGGACCAGUAGUCUCGUCACGAAGUGCAGCAUCAGGACGCAUGGCUGCAUUUGCAAGCAAUGCUGCAGUUUCCGAACGUAUGGAAGCACCUGCACCAAAACCAGAUUACGUUGGCAGUUUCAGCUUGAAGAAAAAAACACAAGUUGGAGAAGACCUCGCAGUCACCAUUACACUAAAAAACACUGGACCUCAACCAAAGGUUAUUAAAGUCAACACAACUGCCACGGCCAUCAUUUAUACAAAUGCACCAGUGAAAGAAAUCCAAAAAGAAGAACAAUCUCUAAGUCUGCAACCUAAUGAAGAGAAGAAGAUACAAUUUACAAUAACAUAUUCCCAAUACAGCAGUGCUAUCACUUCUGAUAACAUGAUUCUUCUGGUGGCAGUGUGUGAAGAUGAUAAAGGAGGUAGUCUGAUUAUUGAUACAGUGGCAGUAUUGGAGAACCCACCCUUGCUAAUAAAGAUUUCUUCAAAUCCAAUCCAAUACAAGCCUUUGAAGGUUACGGUCAUAUUUUCCAACCCAAUUGGGGAAGUCGUCACGGACAGUAUUCUUGCGAUGGAAGGCAGUGGCAUAUUGAAAAAUCUAAUUUCAUUUCCUGUAUCAACCCUGAAACCCAAACAGAGGUUCGUAACAGAGCUUGAAAUUAUUCCAUACAGACCCGGUCAGAGGAGUCUCCUGGUGAAUUUCUCCUCUAAUUCAUUCUCGGAUGUUAAAGCUUUCGUUGAUAUGACUGUUGCCCCUGCCUAAUGGAUCCAUUUUAAUAAUUUUGUUACAAUAAAUGCAAUUUAAAAUAAUGGUUCAUUCCAAUAUAUCUAAGCAAGGGGUGUGUUUCGGAACUGCCCAUGCACACAAUUUAAGUUUAUUUGCAGAACAAUUAAAUGUCCAAAAUUACAGAUUUUUACAUACAUAUUAAUAUUUCAGAACUAUGCUAACCACGUCUCUGGUUAUUCCCCAGACAAAAACAGUAUGCGAUUUUUAACUCUGCAUGCAUAUCUAAUUUAAA